UAACAAGCAGGGCCACAGACUGCUGUAUUAAACAAGCGACAUCGCGUUUAUCGCUCCCUACAAGGUGCUAAGUCACUCUACGGCGCUACGCCAUACGUGCAUUAUUUUGCGAGUUGGCGACUGUGGCAGUUUACUGAAACUGUGAAAAUCUUCCCGCUUCUCACUUCUGGCUUUCCUAGGCUUAUACAGUUUCUCAGGAGCGCUGACGGAUAACAGUUUAGCCGUGAUUCGUACAUCUUGGUCUUUUGAUUAUCGCAGACCUGCAGGGAACAUAAAACGGAAGAAUGUUGUAGCAACUUGCAGUGAUAAAGCACACUGUUAUUAGCAAGCAGAUCUGAACUACUCGAUGUUAUUCCAAUCCUGCGAUCGAGCCUCGCCAUCCGCCUGAGUGGUCCGUUCAUGGAUUCUCCGGUACUUGUCGUGUCUCCAUCCCGUAAUCGCUCACUGUUCACCAUGUCCUCCUCGGCCAAACGUCGCUGGGACCUGGCCUCGGAGAUGGAUGAGGAUCCCAGUGACAGCGAGCAGCGUCUGCCUGCUCGCAAACGCUUAUCCACCAGGCCGACCGUGGAGGAUCCCAAGCAGCUGCCGCACAAUUUCCCGGAGUCUCCCUCGCAUCUGCCCGUGCUGGCCCACGGGGAUCGCCGCAGAACCCCGACGCCCGAGGCCAGCAGUGUGCCGUCGGAUAGUGGACUGGGUGCGUCACCCUCCGAGUCUCCUGCGCAGUUUCUCAACGCAUCCGACAAUGACGAACUGAUGGAUGUCAGCGUGUAUAAUCCCGAGUACGAUGAGUCACGGAACCCCUUCUAUUUCAGCUCGAACAGAGUGCUGUACGAAGCGCAUCUGGAGAGAAUGCGACGAGGAAAGGACUUCUAGAGAAGGGCCAGGAAGAGAAACCCUGGAAUGAUGGCUUCGUUCGGGAUGAAACUGGGACAUUGGUCUGGAUGCAAAUUGUGAUCGUUCCCCGCCGCUGUGAUCACUGAACGUGGCACUGUCUUCCGUGCACUCAAAUACAGUCCGGGUUUUGUUUUCUUUGUACAGUCUCUCUCUCUCUCUCGGUUUUCAGUUUACGUAAGUUACAUGUUUUCUCUUAACUGCUUUUGUUUUUAUUUGAGGUACGAUUCUAUGAUACGUUCCUCGUGCGCCGUCUGGUGGUCCAAAUGUUUUUAUUGUCUUAGAAAAAUCUAGCAAAGAAAGUUGUUUACCGUGCAAACCGGAAACUUUGUUGUUCGUGCUCGAAGCUGCAGCGUUAUUAAGUUUGAUUAAAGGACAAAACCGGAA